UUUUAUUUAUUUUAAAUGAAAAAAAUUGUAGAUUAACCUUCAGAAAACUAUUACUCUCCUUAUAGUCAUAACUCAUCACCAACUCCAAAAAUAGAGAGGAUAAAACUAAAUACACUUUUGCAAAAUUAAGACAAUUAGCCAACUCCAAUUAAUUAGAUUGGCCUUAUAUAAUAAAUAUCACAACAUUCGCAGACAUAAUUUUAACAUAAAUAAAAUUAAAACUAUCCUAAUCUCUUGGACGAUUUACUUUAAAGCGCUAAUUUAGGAGGUGUUGUAUUAAAUUUUGAGAAUCCUAUCGUAUUCAAUGAUACUAUUAAUGAAGAGAACUCUAAAAUGAUAGGGACAGGAUAAAUCUAGUCACCAAAUGGAACAAUUUACAAAUAAAGUUUAAAAGAUUAUAGAAUAAAGUAGCACUAACUCAAGAAAAGUAAUCAAAUGGCUAAAAGAAUACAAAAGAAAUUUGAUAAUAGGCCAAAAAUAUUUGUGAAUAAAUCCACUGAUACAACUGAAGAUUUGAGGAUUGCAAGAUUAUAAUAUGAUAGAAUUGAGAAAGAAAAUAUGUUGAGCUAAAUAUAAAAAGAAACAGAAGAAAACAUAUAAGAAAUAACAAAGUAUCUGAAAUCAACAACAGAAAUAAAACUUAACUUUUCAGGGGUGUCUUCUUCAAUUAAAGAAGUUGCAAAAGCAUUAUAAAAGAAAAAAUUUGACACAGAUUAAAUGCUUGCUCGAGAAAAUGUGAGAGAUGAGGAGCUUGGAGACCUUGAAGAAGAAUUAAAUUAAAUAAAAGAAUAUUUAGAGUCUGAGUUUGUAGAUGUUUAGAAAGAAACCGCUCAUAAAAUUUUAGAGUUUGUCAACCGUGUGCUUAAAGAAAGAAAAGCAAUACCCGAAAAAACUUCUAAUAGUAAAAAAUAAAAGGGAAAUAAAGAAAAGACAUAAGUUAAAAAAGAUUAAGAGAUAUAAUCUCUGAGAGAAAGAGUAGGAUAUCUUGAAAAUAAAGUAGAAGAAAAUAUAAAUGAGCUAGAUAAAAAAUAAGAUGAGGUAAAAGAUCUAAAAUUUUAAGUUGACUUUAAAGAUAAGGACAUUAAUAAGUUGAAUAAUGAAAUCAAUUACACAAAGGAUGAACUGAAUAAGGCUGAAGUUGAUAAGAAGUCAUUAUAUACUUAAAUUGAAAAAUCGAAGAAUCAACAAGAUAAGCUAGCUGAAUAAAAAAUUUAAGAAGAGAAGUAGAGAGAAAAGAUAUAACAAAAACUCAAAAAAACUGAAGAUAGAGUUAUUGAUAUUGAAAGAGAAAACUACAUGCUUAGAGAUGAAAUAAUGAGGAUAUCUUAGCUUACAAAAAAUGUUGAUGAAUAAGAAAAAAUGAAUAUGUAGGUUCUUUGUCAGAUGGUUAUGGAUUCUGGUAUGUCUGCUGAAGACUAAAAAAGAGCUUUAAUGAAAAUUUAAUAACUAUAUUUAGAAUCAUCAAAUGGAAAUGGUGAAAUUAAUUAAGAAAGGUAGCGAUAUAUCCAAUAAAUGAUGAAUCAAUUUAAAUCUAAUAAUGUUAAGACUUUUGAAGAGUUAGAAUAAAUGAACUAAAGAAGUAAAUAAUCUUUGUCUAAAUUAUCUUAAUAGGAAAUAAGUGAUAAAGAGAAUCCAAAUCAAAAAAAUAAAAAAGCUGCUAAACUUUCUAACAAAUCUAGCUUAACAAAUAUAGAAGAAGAAUAAACUGAAGUCACAUAUAGAAAAGAGAAGAGGAUUGUAAAAUAAAAAGUCAUUAAAACUGUUAUGCAAAAAAAGAAAAUCAUAGAUGAAAAUGGAUAAGAAAUCGAAAUAGAAGAGCCCAUUUAAGUUGAAAGUGAAGAAGAAGUAGAAAUUGAAGUCGAUAUUCCAGUAGUCAAGUAGAAAAAUUAAAAAAAUUAAAACAGUAAUGCUACAGCCAGCAAUAAAAAUGACUAGAAAAAAACGGAUAAAGUAACUAAAAAUACUUCUAAUAAUUAAAGUAAUGCUCCUAGUGCAAGCGAUAGUAGAAGACCAUCCAACAGAGGAUAAAUAAAUUUAAACAAUUAAAUAAAUUAAAAAAAUAUGGCAAUAAAUAAUAAUAGCAAUAGUAGUCUAAAUACUCCUAAAAAGAAAUAAUUUUAGAGUGGGAGAAAUAGUUUUGCAGUUGAAGAAAAAAUAGCUGAAAAUCAGUUAAUAAAUAAAUAAAACCCUUAAUAAAAAGAAAUUUAGAAAAGUGAUUCAGUCUAAUUAUCGAAUAGAGAAAAACCAAAACCAGUUGUUCUUAAACUAUUUGAAGGUAAUUAACAGUUAGGAGAUAAUGUUUUUAUGAAUGAAGACGACUUUUUUGAAGAAGUUGAAAAAGAAAUAGAAGAGUAAGAUGGUUUUGAGGAAAUUGAAGAGUAGGUUGUUGAUGAACAUGGAAAUGUUAUGGUUGUUAAAAAGACAGUUCCUAAAAUGGUUAAAAAAACUAUAAAGAUCAAAAAGAAAUUAUCAAAUGUAGAUGACCUAGAAGUUGUAGAAUAAGAACAUGAAAUAGAAGAAACUGUUGUUGAUCCUAUAACAGGAUAAUAGAAAAUUAUUAAAAAAAAGGUUUUGAGAAAAGUUGCAGUACCUAAAAGUAAAUUAGACUAAAAUUAUGAAUUUGUUGACUAAGAGCAAACAGUUGAGGAAUUAGUUUUUGAUCCAGAAACUGGCUAAUCUAAAGUUAUUUAGAAAAAAAUAACAAAGAAAAUAGCUAUCCCUAAAACAUAAUUAGACAAUUAUAAAAUUUAAGAAAAGGAAGUCGAAAUCGAAGAAACCAUUAUUAAUCCUGAAACUGGUUAACCUUAAGUAGUGAAAAAAAAGGUAAUCUAAAAAAUAGCAUAAAGAAUAGAUGAUGAAAAUAUUUUAAACAACUCAUUUGGAUAAAACAGUAAUAGAGAUACUCCUUAAAACGGUUAAAUGAAACCAAAGAAAAAAUAAAUUAGAUAAGUUAUGGUAGAACAAGAAAUCGAAGUGCUUGAAGAAGAAGAAAUAAUUGAUGAAAAUGGUAAUAAAUAAAAAGUUUAAAGAGUUGUAAAAAAAAAAUAAAUGGUUCCAAAGUUUGAGGAGAUUGAGGUAGAUGAUUUUGAAGAUACAAACAAUCCACAAAAAAGUAGAACAAACUUAAAUUCAAAUAAGAAUAAUAAUGCUCAUGAUUUUAGUGUAUAAUCAACUUAAACAGACUAAUUUUUAUUGUGGCCAAUAGUUGAGGCACUUCUUUAUGAACUAGAUGUAGACCCUUCUAAGAUUGAAGGUAUAUAAUAAAAAUACUUUAAUGAAAACUCCCCUUAAGGAGCUAAUGGAAUCAGCUUAAAUUUAAUGGAUUUAGCUAACCAAUUGUAGGAGAGAAAACAGUAAUUUUAAUAAAGGCAAAAGGAAAAAUAAGAAUAAGAGUAAGAACUAGAAAGAGUAUAAAAAUAAUAAUAUGAAUUGAGCUAAAAGCAAAAUUAAGCUAGCUAAGAUAUGUUUAAUAGAAACGAAGAUGAGUUGUUGAUGCUUAAUGAAAUUUCUCCUAUAAAAUAUGAUAAAAAUGGGAAGAUAUUAGAAGAUGAUGACGAAAUAGAUGAAAAGUAAAUCGAAAUAUUGGAUGAUAAACAUCUUUUAGCAGAGUCGACAAUCAAAAAAAUAUUUUUAAAACUUUAACAAAGAGAUAAUAAGGGAGCUCUUCAAAUUAAAGAAUUAAUCCGCAAAUACUACAAUAAGCCUAAAAACUCAUAAAUUUCAUAUGAUGAGUUCAAACAUUUCUAUAUAAAAGUGUUAACCAUUCAUCAGAGAUGCGGAGAUUAGUGUCCACAUUUAGCAAGAUUUUUUAGUAAAAUAGGAUUCAAAACAAAUAAAUAUGGAAAUCGAAGAGAAAUAAAGCCAACAAAACAAAAAUUAAAUCCUUUCAUAGAGCAAUAAAAUAAAAGUUCUAGUGCAACCCCUUAGAAUAAAACUGCAAUUGGAAAUUCAAAUUCAAACUCUAUUUCCAAAAACAGUUUUUCACAAGCAAUUUAAAAUAAAACUUCACCAAACCAUUAUAUGACGGAUUCCCCAAAAACUCCAUAUAGAUCUUAAAACUAGAAUAGUGUUAAUAAUUUAACAGGUAGUACGACUAAAUUACCUAAGAUAAGCAAAGAUUCAGUUAUUUCUAGCUAUUCUGGAUUUAAGCAGAAUUCAAUAUUUUGA